UGUGUGUAUAAAAAUGCAUUCAUACUUGGAACCAGCAACAACUCUUUCUCCCUCUUGCAGACUGGAACUGAGCUCUGGAAAAACAAAGUGGAGCUUGGAGCAUGAGGCCUGAGGAUUGCCUUACACAGCCAGGGGUGGUAGCUGAGCAGUGAGCAGGAUGCCCCCAGGCAUUUACUGCCCUACGGAAUUCUGGUCCAAGGGGGAAAACCAGAACAUCCAGGUGGACUUUCUGCUGCCCACAGGCAUAUACCUGAACCUCUGUGUACCCUGCAAUGCCAGCCUGGGCACCAUCAAACAGGUGCUGUGGAAACAUGCACAGUAUGAGCCGCUGUUCCACAUGCUCAGUGACCCCGAGGCCUAUGUGUUCACCUGCAUCAACCAGACGGCCGAGCAGCAGGAGCUGGAGGAUGAGCAGCGCCGUCUCUGUGACAUCCAGCCCUUCCUGCCCGUGCUGCGCCUCGUGGCUCGCGAGGGUGACAGGGUCAAGAAGGUCAUUAACUCCCAGAUCAGCCUGCUCAUUGGAAAAGGUUUGCACGAGUUUGACUCUGUGCAGGAUCCAGAGGUGAACGAUUUCCGCACCAAAAUGUGCCAGUUCUGCGAGGAGAAAGCAGCAAAGCGGCAGCAGCUCAGCUGGGCAGCGUGGAUGGAGUACAACUUCCCCCUGCAGCUGGAGCCCAUGGCCAAGGGCCCCGGCUCUCUGCACAUCCCCACCAAGAACAUUUUUGUCAACGUCAGGUUCCAGUCUGGAGGGGAGAGCUUCACGUUCCAGAUCUCCCCCUGGGAGUUCCCCAUCACCCUCAUGAGCUAUGCCAUCAAGAAACAGGCUACAGUGUUCCGCCACGAGACSGUGCAGAGGCCAGAGGACUACACCCUGCAGGUGAACGGGAAAUGUGAAUAUCUCUAUGGCAACUACCCCCUGUACCAGUUCCAGCACAUCCGCAGGUGCCUGCAGCGGGGCCGGACCCCCCACCUGACCAUGGUGCACUCCUCUGCCAUCAUUGCCAUGAGGGACGAGCAGACCAACUGCAUUGCCAGCCCCCCUAAAGUGGCCUCCAAGCCCCCCCCGCUCCCCAAGAAAAAGCCAAACUAYGGYUCYCUCUGGUCCUUAGAGCAGCCUUUCUACAUUGAGCUGCUGCAAGGCAGCAAGGUCAAUGCAGAUGAGAGAAUGAAGCUGGUGGUGCAGGCAGGUCUGUUCCAUGGCAAUGAGAUGCUGUGUAAGACAGUGUCCAGCUCGGAGGUGAACGUGUGCUCGGAGCCCGUGUGGAAGCAGCGGCUCGACUUCGACAUCAACAUCUGUGACCUGCCCCGCAUGGCCCGGCUCUGCCUCGCCCUCUACGCCGUCAUCGAGAAGGCCAAGAAGGCUCGUUCCACCAAGAAGAAAUCCAAGAAAGCUGACUGUCCCAUCGCCUGGGUCAACGUGAUGCUCUUUGACUACAAGGACCAGCUGAAAACAGGAGAGUGCUGCCUGCACAUGUGGUCCUCCUUCCCAGAUGAGAAAGGGGAACUUCUGAACCCCAUGGGCACCGUGCAGUGCAACCCCAACACGGAGAGUGCAGCAGCCUUGGUCAUCUGCUUCCCCAGCGUGGCAGCACAUCCUGUCUACUACCCAUCCUUCGAGCAGCUGCUGGAGUUGGGGAGGAAUGGAGAACAGCCCCGAGCUGCACCAGAAGAUUCUGAGGAGAAGCAGCAGCUGAAGGAGAUCCUGGAGCGGAGGAGCCACACGGAGCUGUACGAGCACGAGAAGGACCUGGUGUGGAAGAUGAGGUAUGACAUCCGUGAGCAGUACCCACAGGCUCUGGCCAAGCUGCUCAUCAUCACCAARUGGAACAAGCAUGAGGAUGUUGCCCAGAUGAUUUCCCUGCUCCAGACCUGGCCAGAGCUGCCUGUCCUGAAUGCCUUGGAGCUGCUGGAUUUCAGCUUUCCUGACCGUUACGUUGGUUCCUUUGCCAUCAAUUCCCUGAAGAAGCUGACAGAUGAUGAUGUGUUCCAGUACCUGCUGCAGCUUGUGCAGGUGCUCAAGUAUGAAUCCUACCUGGACUGUGAAUUAACCAAGUUCCUGCUGGAAAGGGCAUUAUCCAACCGCAAGAUCGGCCACUUCCUCUUCUGGCAUCUGAGGUCAGAAAUGCACGUUCCUGCCGUUUCCCUGAGGUUUGGGCUGAUCCUGGAAGCGUACUGCCGGGGCAGCACCCACCACAUGAAGGUGCUGAUGAAGCAGGGAGAAGCACUCAACAAGAUGAAAGCUCUGAACGACUUUGUGAAAGUGAGUUCUCAGAAGGCCACCAAGCCUCAAACCAAGGAGAUGAUGCACAUGUGCAUGAAGCAGGAAACCUACAGGGAGGCCCUKUCCCACCUCCAGUCCCCCCUGAACCCCAACAUUAUCCUGGCUGAAGUUUGUGUGGACCAGUGCACCUUCAUGGACUCCAAAAUGAAACCACUGUGGAUUGUGUUUAAUAAUGAAGAGACAGGUGGAGGUGGAGUGGGGAUCAUUUUUAAAAAUGGAGAUGAUCUGCGCCAGGACAUGCUGACCCUGCAGAUGAUCCAGCUGAUGGACAUCCUGUGGAAGCAGGAGGGCCUGGACCUGAGGAUGACCCCUUAUGGCUGCCUCUCCACAGGAGACAAGACGGGGCUGAUUGAGGUGGUCAUGCACUCGGACACCAUCGCCAACAUCCAGCUCAACAAGAGCAACAUGGUGGCCACGGCCGCCUUCAACAAGGACGCGCUGCUCAACUGGCUCAAAUCCAAGAACCCGGGAGAUGCCCUGGACCAAGCCAUCGAGGAGUUCACCCUGUCCUGUGCYGGGUACUGCGUGGCCACCUACGUGCUGGGCAUCGGGGACCGGCACAGCGACAACAUCAUGCUCCGGGAGACAGGACAGCUGUUCCAUAUUGAUUUUGGUCACUUUUUGGGGAACUUCAAGACUAAAUUUGGUAUUAAUAGAGAAAGAGUUCCUUUCAUCUUAACCUACGACUUUGUGCAUGUCAUCCAGCAAGGAAAAACUAACAACAACGAGAAGUUUGAAAGGUUCAGGGGUUACUGUGAACGGGCCUACAUGAUCCUGCGGCGCCACGGGCUCCUCUUCCUGCACCUCUUUGCACUGAUGAAAGCUGCUGGGCUGCCCGAGCUCAGCUGCUCCAAAGACAUCCAGUACCUGAAGGACUCCCUGGCCCUUGGGAAAACCGAUGAGGAGGCACUGAAGCACUUCAGACUGAAGUUUAAUGAAGCCCUGCGAGAGAGCUGGAAAACCAAAGUGAACUGGCUGGCACACAACGUCUCCAAAGACAACAGGCAGUAGAGCAGGAGCCUGCAGCCUGCCCAGGAGAAGGGGCCAGCCCCAGCCCAGCACUUGGASAGGUUAAACUGAACAAUCUGUGGUGUUGAAGGUCCCCUCCUCGUCCCCAGAUCAGACAUUGCUGCCCUGUCCUCAGCCACAGCUCCGGGGCUGCUGCAGAUCUCUGGGGGACAAGGGACAGACACGAGGCAAUAAAAUGACUGCACAGUGAGAGGUAYGUAGAGGUGUUGUACCCUAAAGAACUCCUUAAGCUUCAAAUACAUCUUGCMAUGGAAGAGUUGAGGCAGUUGUAACAUCCCUCCCGUGUGCUAAUGUAUUUCUAGUCCCAUGAAAAUUCAGCUGAACAGUUCCCCUAUGCCUGCAGCCCAUCCUGUAGGUCACCACUGUCACAGCUCAGAGCUGUUAGACCAGUGUGUGGUCACUUCCUGCCCUGGGACAACACUGCCACAUCACUSUCAGUCUGCUCCAGAGGCCAAAGUGUUCCAAAACUGAGCUGGAACUCAGCUAUUGCUGCCUCGAACUGAUGGCACAAGAGCAGUUUUGCAGUGGCCACUGGAUCAGGUACUUUGCUUUCCAAAGUUAGGCUUUAGUUGAGCCUCAAGUACUUCCUGCAUUUAAGUUUGGUUUUARGCCUGCAAACAGUAAGACUGCAUUUUCAAAUUAAUGUACUGCUUCUUUUCAURAAAGAUGUUAAGCUGUGAGGUUUGUUCUGGUUUGGAUCUAUUCACACAACCCCUGCUGCCUCUCACAUGCCUGUUGGUAAAAGCAGCAGUUGUGGCAUAGAAAACACCUCGUUUUAAUUUCACCUAACCCUGGGGAGAGCCCCUUUUCCAACACCUUUCAGACRAUACUGUGACUGAAGCACUCAGGCUCUAAAAACUGCUUUGGUACUUGAGGGAAAUAGUGCAGGAUKGAGAGCUCUGUGCAGCCUGUGCCUCUGCUCCCUCUGAGAGAGCAAAUAUUGCUAUUUCCUUGCUUAAAACUCAUUUACAGAGGAAAAAGUAUGCAAAAAAAAUCUUGGGCCCUGUGCAGGGUGAGAUGCACUGAAACCACAGCCCCAAUGAGGUUUUAUGUUCUUGUGGAAAGGAAAACACUACAAUUCCAAACUGGAARAGCAAUUCUGGUGCAGUGGCAGAGCCUGUGGCAUUCAGGAUCCUGCAGCAGUGGGAGCUGCUCUCCUCAUCCCCCCAGGGCUCUGGGUCACAUCACAGCAGAAAUGUCACAGCCCCUCACAGGUUUUAGAGCAGUGGCUCCUGUCCUUCCUUUACUUUGAGAAGUGCAAUAACACAAAGGUGUAUCAGUAUCAGCUGCAGGMACUGAGCAGUUUUACAGAGGUUACUGAGGCUGGAAACUUGACUUACCUACAAGAAGCAAGAAUUCAGUGAGUCCUCAUGUGGACCUUCUUCUUGUGCACCCUGGAAGGGCAUCUUGGAUAAAUCUCUGCUGGUUCUGGUGGGUGAGCAGAGCCUUUGACUCCAAAUUCACAGAGCAGCUCACCUGAWGGUUUCCAGCAAGGUUAAUUGUACUAAAGAUUGAAAGUUAAAAAAAUGUCAAAAAUGUUCCAUUUCAUUUCAAGUGGCUUUUCAUUUUUAUGAAUAUGCUCAGAAUGAUAGACCUAUUUCUAUUUAUUUAGAGAUGUUCCUGUAAUUAUUUUUUUUUAACUCCUGUACAAACUGAUUGUGCUUAUUCUGUUGCCUUUGAGAAAAGAAGUAUUUUUUUAAGCCAAACUGUGGUUCUGCAAGAAGAGAAUGUUUACAUGUUYAGCUUUUCAGUUGCUUUAGGUACAUGUUUUGUAAGUAAAAAAAUAAAAAAUAUUGAUUGUUCACAAAUGCUGCAAAGUCCUUCUGUACGUGAGAGCAAUGACCACAAAACUCACCUACUCCCCCAG